AUGAUGGCGAUGAUUGUAUAUGCUGCCCUGGCAAUUUUAAUGGCGAACCUCGUCUUUGGUGUUUUUCUUUGGUUUAAAGUACGGAAGCUCUAUUGCUAUCCUGGGGUCUUGGGUUUCCCAGUUAUCGGGAACCUCUACAACGCCUACAAAACACUAUUAAUGAUUACCGUUGAUAGAGGGGUUAAGUACGGAGUGGCAGUGGCCGAAGAACAUGGAAAGGAUGGGAUAUUCUUCCAUUGGCUAUGCGGUUCCAAUGUAGCGGCGGUGAUUACCAGCCCUCAUCUUGUAAAGAAAUUAUCAUUUCAUCCCAACCUGGCUGAUAAGUCUUAUGCAAUAUACAACGCAUUUAAAAUUUGCAUGGAUGGACCGUUUUCAGAUAUAUGUUCAGAUGACGAGUGGAAACAGAAGAGAAAGGAUUACAAUAUUAAUUUGAAGAAAUCUCGAGUAGACUCUGACUAUUUUAACACUUUUAUUAAACGUUCCGACAAAAUGGUCGAAAAGAUGUUAGCAUCGUCGUCAUCUCAUGUAGAUGCACAUGCUAUAUGCUCCAGUGUGGUAUAUGACAUCUCUUUGAAAACAAUGUUUGGUAUUGACUCAGAUUUAGUCUAUCAUCCCGAUCUUGUAAGAGUAUAUGAUAGGAUUAAAGUAAUUUUAGCCACUGUUGUGUCCGACAUUCCUAUGAUCCAUGUUAUACAACCCAUAUUACACCGAAUAAUAGAUGUGUCCAUAGGAAAAUUAGUGGAAUUGCGGAAAUUGGGAUUGGCAGAGAUCGAUAAUAAGCUAAAAUCGAACGAAGGGCCACUUCAAGAUCUGACCCUCUUUAUGUACAUGGCAUUGAAACAUAAAAAAGAUAAUGGAAGCGAAAGAAUAUUAUUCAACAAGAUUCACGAGUUGUUCCUAACAUCUGGGCACACUGUCGCUUCUGUGUUAUCAAACAUGACAUAUUUCUUAGCAGUGUUACCUGAUAUUCAGGAAAGAGCUUGGCAAGAGCAAUAUGAAAUAUUUGGCAAUGACGUCAGAGAUCCGACGAUUGCCGAUUUGAAUCAGAUGAAGUACCUUAGCAGAUUUAUGAAAGAAUCGCUAAGAUUUGUCGGUCCUUCGGUGGUGGUUAAAAGUGCUACCGCCGAUAUAACAAUAGAUGGAAUAACAAUACCACGUGGUACUCAGGUAGUUUUCCUGUUGAGAUAUAUCAAAUUUGAUCCAAAAUACUUUAAAAAUCCAAACAUUUUUGACCCAGAUCGCUUUCUUGAUGAAAGUGAUGUGUUAAAAUGUGGUCAGUCGUCGUUUGGAGCCGGUAUUAGGAACUGUCCGGGUGAAUAUUUUGCAACAAUAUUAUUGAAAAUUGUACUGUCCAAAAUGUUAAGAAGUUUAAAACUUAAAACAGUCGAUAAAAAUUUCCGUUUUGAAGAUAUGAAAUAUAAGAGUUACAUUUUGGGGGAUGUGGAAAAUCCUCCUAAGCUACAAGUUGAAAAGAGGACUUAA